UUCUAUAAAUAUGCACGCUGAAACCUGCUUCAUCGAUGGAAUCGCGGCUACUUUCCUAAUCCUAAUUUCAUCUGCUUUCCAUUCUAAAACUUUCUUCUUGCGUAGUUUGAAAUUGUUAAAAGUUAAUCUUGUAGAUGAGUCGCCAAAGUUGGUGAAGGAGAUUUGAUUCAGAGUAAUCGUUUAGUACCAAGCUUUGAUGAUAAAGGAACAGCUCGAAAACUCCAAUCAUACUUUC